AUGUCGUUCUUCAUCGAGAACCCCAAUGUGGGAAACACCGACCAUCUCGAAGACUCGCGCAUUCGCGGCUACAACCCGCUCACCCCGCCCAACCUCCUCCAGCAUGAGAUCGCAUUGACGGAAAAGUCGCGGCAAACGGUCCUGCAGGGUCGUAGCGAGGCCGUCGCCGUAGUACACGGCACAGAUGCAGAGCGCCAGCGCCUGAUGGUGGUCAUUGGACCCUGCUCGAUCCACGACCCGGAUAUGGCGCUGGAGUACUGCGACCGCCUGAUGAAGAUGAAGGAGAAGUACGCGGAUGACCUGCUGAUUGUCAUGCGCUCGUAUCUGGAGAAGCCGCGCACGACUGUUGGGUGGAAGGGUCUGAUCAAUGACCCGGAUAUCGACAAUAGCUUCAAGAUCAACAAGGGACUGCGCAUCUCGCGCCAGCUGUUCGUCGACCUGACCAACAAGGGCAUGCCAAUUGCCAGCGAGAUGUUGGAUACCAUCUCCCCGCAGUUCAUUUCGGACUGUUUGUCCGUUGGCGCAGUCGGUGCCCGCACCACCGAGUCGCAGGUGCACCGCGAGCUGUCGUCUGGUCUGUCGUUCCCCGUCGGAUUCAAGAAUGGCACCGACGGCUCACUAGGCGUGGCCGUUGAUGCCAUUGGCGCCGUCAGACACCCCCAUCACUUUUUGUCUGUCACCAAGCCCGGCGUGGUGUCCAUUGUCGGCACCGUUGGCAACCCGGACUGCUUCGUCAUCCUGCGCGGCGGCACGAAGGGCCCUAAUUACGACGCAGCCAGCAUCAAGGACGCCAAGGAGAAGCUGAUUUCCAAGGGCCUGACACCACGUCUAAUGGUCGACUGCAGCCACGGUAACUCGGAGAAGAACCACAAGAAUCAGCCCAAGGUGGCCGCCGUGCUGGGCGAGCAGAUCGCGGCUGGUGAGACGGCCAUUAUGGGCGUGAUGAUUGAGAGCAACAUCAAUGAGGGCAAUCAGAAGGUCCCGCCAGAGGGCAAGGCCGGCCUCAAGUACGGCGUGAGUAUCACAGAUGCUUGUAUCGAUUGGGCGGAUACCGAGUCCGUGCUCGAGAACCUGGCGCAGGCUGUGCGUGCCCGGAGACAGAAGCUGGCGGCCAAUGGGACCAACUAG